AUGCCCUCGGCUCCCUCCACCGAGCUAGCUACAGAGCAGCCGUACGGCGACCCCAACAACCCCAACGUCGACCCCGAUUUCCCCAUCCAGGGCGGAGCGGAGAACCUCAACAGCGCAGACCGGCCCGCGCCCACCCGUGGCAUCCUUAAGAACCCCUUGCGCUCCCCCAAUGACGCCAAGGAUAGGGAGCACCUGUCGUGGGAUGAGGCCAAUAUUGCCUUAACCGAGAUCCAGAAGGACUCCUUGAUGAAGAUUGAUGAGCCCAAGACGCCUUUUGUCCGCUACGACGCUGUCAACGACGUUGUACUUGGUAUCGGAGAUGUGCCCGACCUUGACUUGGAAGUCGACCCGCUCGAUGCCUCGCGCCCUGCUCCGCCGUCCUCGGCCAGCUCUUCUCAGGGAGGUCCCCACAGUCCCACGCGCUCGAUGACGCGCGACAACACUGAGGUGAAUGCGCGCCGGCCGUCGAUUUCGUCCUCGUCGUCCCGCUCGGCGUCUUUCUCUCUACCUGAUCAUGCGUACCCCGUGCGUCCGGGAGAGUCGUCGCACACGCACGACGUCGAGACGAUCCCCGCCGCGCUGGGCGCAACCUACGCCAACACGUCGGGCAACGCUCAGCGCUCGAACAGCGUGAGCGGUGCCAGCGAGGUGUUUGCAGACAGCGAUGACGAGAAGCUCGACGACGAGGCGCGGGCUCACAAACGCGACUUUGAGAAGAAGCGUGCGAUGCACUACGGGCAGGAGGCCGCGCUGGCGCUCAAGAAGAGUCGCGAGAUGGCAGAAGAGGAAGAGGUCGAUGACGAGCAGGACGACGGCGUUCCGCCGCCUGUUCCCAACAUGCCUAACGGUGUGAAUGGGUCUCGUGGAUCGAGCCUCCGCAUACGAAAUGCCGCGUCGUUGUCAUAG